UGGAAGUGAGAAUUCAAUCCGGAGGUUUCUGUUUACUAUACAUAGCUUUUUAGUUAUUACUUCGUGCUUAUUGCCUUGGAAAUGGCGCAUUAUCAGAACCAAUAUGGAGCUGUUCCACAUACAGACGAGUAUGGCAACCCAGUUCGUCAGAUUGAUGAACAUGGGAACCCAGUUUAUCAGUCUAGCGCCACUACUGGCGAGUAUGGAACUGCCGGGUUCGAUAACACGACCGCAACCGGCACCGGCAUGCGGGGUCAUGGUACUGCACCAGUGGCUGGCACCCACCUAGGUACGGGAUACCGUGACCAAAGGCAUCAUGGCCUUCAACGUUCUGGAAGCUCUAGUAGCUCUAGCUCCUCUGAGGAUGAUGGACAUGGUGGGAGAAGGAAGAAGGGUCUGAAGGACAAGAUAAAGGAAAAGUUGCCAGGCGGUGGGCACAAAGAUGAAAGAUAUCAAGCCACCACAACCACCACUCCUGGUGGUUACGAUGUGAGUGGAGAGGGGCAGCACCAUCAGCAUGAGAAGACAGGAAUGAUGGAGAAGAUCAAGGAAAAGCUUCCUGGACGCCAUCACUAGGUCCAGCUAUCUUCGUUAUAUACAGCUUCUAUAUAAAAAGAGUGACAUUGUGAAGGAAUCGCUGUGUUGUUAGCCAACAAGUGAUCCACUAUGGUGUAAUAAGCCUUAAAAAUGUACUCGUGUGGUGUGGGCAGCUAGUCUUUUGUUGUAUUUUGUUUUGUAUUAUGUACUGUUAGUGCAUGUUAUGGUUAAUAAACAUGUUAUGUCAAGUAUAUGUAACCAGCAUUACUAUACCUUUGUCUGCAUUAAUGCUUGAGAAUCCAUAGAAUAUAAACUGAAAGGUAUAAAAUAUAAAUUUAAUCCUUAAAAGUGUAAAA